UAGAAAGUAAACAGUCACCAAAAGUUUUGCUCAUGUUUUUGUAUAAAAGCGAAUAGUUCAUUAACUAAAUCAUUAAGUACUGAUUUAAUUUUCUUAGUGUCAACAGUCCAAACAACAGAACCUUAUACCAAACAACAAUGUUUCGUUUUGUUUCCUUGCUUACCACCAUCCUAGCUUGUACUCAGUACGCUUUAGGUAGCAACUUGCAUUCAGCCUUGCACGGACCAACUGCAUCAAUAAUCUCAUCAGGAUAUGGAGGUGGAUAUUACGGGAACCAUGGCGGACAUCCAGCUCUUGCUAAUUCUGUCAUUUCAAGCAAUCAUCAUGGAGUUCCAGCACAUAACUCUGUCAUUUCAUCUUAUAGCUCUACAGUUGUUCAUCCGAAUUCUGUAAUUUCACAUCCAUUUCUAAGAAGCAACUCUAUUCCUUAUGGAGGCCAUAUUCAGCAUAUUUCUGCUCCAUCAUCAUUAACGAAUCAUAUCAAUUCAAGUCCAUUGGUUUCUGGAGGAGCUUAUUUGGGACACAGCGAAUCACAUGGCCAUUCCUAUGCUAUUCAAAGGUCUUAUACUGGUCCAUUAGCUGGAUCGGGACUUUCAGUGCAUGGAAUUAUUUCUGGACCAAAUGCCGUGAGUGGUGGCUAUGGUGCUCAACUUGGUCAAAAUCAGCAUGGAGAAUAUAGUGGUCAUCCUUCAAGGUGGUAAUGCAGAGGGAAAUUAACGAUUAUAAUGUUGAAAGACUAAAACGUUGUUUGAAAGUUUGCAAAUAAAAGGACAUUUUUGAAUACCU